AGGGGGAGCACCAGGCAGCAUCUCAGCCCAGCCCCCUGGGAGGCAUCUCCCAUGGUUGAGCAUGACUUCCCCGCUGGGAUUGAGAGGCAGGUGGGGGUGUGGGCUGUAUGAAGGGGCGGCAGAAUAAGGGGGGCACAUUUGAGUCAUUAGGUGCUCCUUCACCACCCCCAGUCUCUGCCGGUUGCCUUUUCCUGGGAAGAGCUGGAUUAGAGAGAGGUGGAGGGUGGGGAGAAAGCAGGAGACACUGGGGGACAGGCCUCACGUGUCCCCUGUGGCUUCCCUAAGCCAACCCAGCCCAUCCCAGUGGGCCCUGGCACUCUCUGACCAGAGGUUUGAGUCUGACACCCCAAACCUCCAGUCCUGUGUGGGUCUCAUCCCAUGGCUGCACUUGGGUCUGAGAUGUGGACAGGACCAGGCGCUCAACUCUAGGACCAGGUCCCCUUUUGCCCAUGUCUCAUUCUUGAUGUGGGCCUGGCUUCCUUUGAGAUGGGCCAGCAAACGGUGGCCGACUGGCUAGAUUGGCCUGUUUGGCUCUUCAACUAAGAAAUACAUAUGCACACACUUUGAAACUUAUUUUAAUUCUUUUUGGUUUUGUUUUUCUUGUUUUUGUUUUUGUUUUGAGACAGGGUCUCUCUACAGACCCCUGGCUGUCCUGGAACUUACUCUGUAGACCAGGCUCGCUUAGAACUCACAGAGAUCCCCCUGCCUCUACCUCCCAGGUGCAGGGAUUAAAUGCAUACACCUCCAUGCCCGACCUAUUUUUAAUAUUUUAAAGGGUUGUAAAAACAAAGAAUAAUAUAUGACAGAGGCCACAUGGGGCUCACAAAACCUAAAAUAUUUACCAUCUGGCUCUUUGCAGUAAGAGUUCACAGACCCUUGCAGGAACCCAGAGAGCACUGGGACAGACACAAGGCUUCCAGGGCCCCUGCUUCUGCCCCAGAAUACACAGGGCCAAAAGCUCUUUUCAAAGAAGGGGAGUGAGCUGCCGGCGUUAGGCGGCAGGGGGUGUGACUCAGGCUAGGCCCUGGAGGCCUGCUCUCCGGGGCCUUCCUGGGGCUGCCAGACUCAAAGGGGCCUUAGGAACCACUUUAUUCUGUCUCUGGCUGGCGGGAAGGAAGGGGAGGGGGUGGGCAGAGGAAACUCUGGACUCCCCCAGCAGGCUAGGAUCUGGAGGCGUUCCAGACCAUUGUGUCCAGCAGGCAGCCUUCAGUUCGGGAAGGGGUGGCCCCAGGCUCCCCUCCCCCAGCCUUCACAUCUGGUGGGCUGGCCACACCACAGCUGGGAGGAGCUGUUGUGGUCUGCGCCCAGCCUCGUGACUGGCCCCCGGGGGUGGGGCUGUCUUCUCCCCAAAGCAGCGGAGCCAGGAUGCUCCAACCCUGGGGCCAAAUUGGGGGCCUCAGUUCCUGAGAAGGUGCUGACUUUGGAGAAGACGGAUAGCCAGACCUUCGGCUUCGAGAUCCAGACUUAUGGCCUUCACCACCGAGAGGAGCAGCGCGUAGAGAUGGUAACCUUCGUCUGCCGAGUUCACGAGUCCAGCCCUGCUCAACUGGCUGGGCUCACACCAGGGGACACCAUUGCCAGUGUCAACGGCCUGAAUGUGGAAGGCAUCCGGCACCGGGAGAUUGUUGAUAUCAUCAAGGCGUCUGGCAACGUUCUCAGACUGGAAACUCUGUAUGGGACGUCCAUCCGGAAGGCAGAACUGGAGGCGCGCCUGCAGUACCUCAAGCAAACCCUGUAUGAGAAGUGGGGGGAAUACCGGUCCCUCAUGGUUCAGGAGCAGCGGCUAGUUCAUGGCCUGGUGGUGAAGGACCCAAGCAUCUAUGACACACUGGAGUCCGUGCGCUCCUGCCUCUACGGAGCUGGCCUGCUCCCUGGCUCCCUGCCCUUUGGGCCUCUGCUCGCUGCUCCUGGGGGUCCCCGCGGGAGCGUGCGGCGAGCCAAGGGGGACACUGAAGACGCAGUGUACCACACGUGCUUUUUCCGGGGCGGCGAGCCACAGGCGCUGCCACCCCCGCCGCCCCCCGCGCGCAUGCCAGGCCCCGGCUCCGCCGAGGCCCCGGCGUCAGUGCUGUGUCCCGCACCCCGCGCCACGCUCAGCCGCAGUGCCAGUGUGCGGUGCGCGGGCCCGGGCGGGGGUGGCGGCGGGGGCGCGCCGGGCGCGCUCUGGACUGAGGCCCGCGAGCAGGCCCUGUGUGGCGCUGGCCUACGCAAGACCAAGUACCGCAGCUUCCGCCGGCGGCUGCUCAAGUUCAUCCCCGGACUCAACCGCUCCCUGGAGGAAGAGGAGAGCCAGCUGUAAGGGGCGCGGGUGGGCACGCGGGAGGUAUUUAUUUAUUUAUUCAUCAUAACAGUCAAUGCAAAAAGUGGGGGCAGUAGUGCCUGUCCAAGGACCCCAGGAGCCCAAAGCUGCGGGAGAGGGUCCUUGCUAGCUCUGGCCAGUCAGGCCGGUUCACGGCUUGUCUCUUCUGAGAAAAAAAGGGAGCCCGGCUGCUUUCUUUUCCUCUCCCCCCCCCCCACUGCAACAGGAUCUCUGCAGGGGGAGAAUAGACACUGGGAGUUGGGAGAGGUCUGGGGGACCAAAGAGGGCUGUGCCAGCCUGCAGUCUGGGUCAGUUGUGCCUUGUGGGGCCCUGUCCCAAGAAGCCCUCGGCUUUACUUGUUCCCCAACCCUUUGUCUGGGUAGAGGGGAUCCAUGAUGGGGGGGUCAUUCCCCACCCUACACAUACAGAUGGACGGACGGACUGACAGACACACACACACACACCAAUGAACCAGUGGUCCCCAAGGGGGCAAGGUGCUGGUUCCCUCCCUUCAGCCUUGACCCCCAAGGGCUUAACCCCUCUCCAGGGGCCUGUAACUAAGUGGGUCCUGCCAGGCAGGGGUCCUGGGUUCUGUGCCCCUUGGGGAACAGGAAUGAGUUACUUCAGGUGGGGUGGGGCAGCCUGGACUGUACCACCGUUUUGGUUUUUUUUGCGUAUGUUGCUUCUGAACCACAAACUGUAUAAAAUUGAUGGUUUUUUGCA